AUCCCCCUGCCCCAGUUCUCUUACCUGGGGUCAAAUCGGCUGUAGUGAUUGUCUCUCAGGUCACCCGAUGCCGGGUCCCAGUCCACCUUUGCUACUUUGUCCUGCUCCUAGCCUGCGGGCCCUAGGCUCAGGGGCGCGGCGCAUCCCUAACUCCGCCCUCACCGCGGGGGCCUCUGGGGCCUGGUUGCCGUGGCGACGGGCUGUACACUACCACAGUUUCCCAGGCCGCGGGUGCUGGUUGCCCGCCUGCCCAUGGGUCAUGGCCUGCCAGCAGUUGCGGCACCACAGCUUCUCGUCCGCGUCGAGGUAGGCGCUGGCCCGGAUGAGGGCAGAGAGGAGGGCUGGAGUAUUUCUAGAGAGGGAAAUGGCACUUGAUAGGACCUCUGCACCUCCUGCUGGCCUCUGACCAUUAAUCUAGGGCUCCAGCACCACAGAGUCAAUGGUUGCAGGAACGGUUAAAAUCGGGCUGAUUUAGCCCAGUGAAGACGGUACGUGCUAGCAAAAGGAUUACAGCCACAACCUUCAGGAGUGACCAUAGAUGAAUCCUUUCUCAUAGAAAACAAGAGUACCCAGAAACGCAAGCUUCUUCAGAAACGAAGGACGCUGACUGGUCAGUUCUCCAUGGGUGGGCACCUGUCCCCAUGGCCCACAUACACCAGUGGCCAGACCAUCUUGCAAAAUCGAAAACCCUGUUCAGAUGACUACCGGAAGCGAGUAGGGAGCUGCCAGCAGCAUCCCUGUCGCACUGCCAAGCCCCGGUACUUAGAGGAGCUGGAAAACUACUUACGCAAGGAGCUCCUCCUGCUGGACCUAGGCACAGAUUCCACCCAGGAACUAAGGCUGCAGCCUUACAGAGAAAUCUUUGAGUUCUUCAUAGAGGACUUCAAAACGUACAAGCCAUUACUAUCCUCCAUCAAGAAUGCAUAUGAGGGGAUGCUGGCCCACCAAAGGGAGAAGAUCCGGGCUCUGGAGCCCCUGAAGGCCAAGCUUGUCACUGUGAAUGAGGACUGCAAUGAGAGGAUCCUGGCCAUGAGAGCUGAGGAGAAACAUGAAAUCUCCCUGCUCAAGAAAGAGAAGAUGAAUUUACUAAAACUCAUCGACAAAAAGAAUGAGGAGAAGAUUUCACUGCAGAGUGAGGUGGCCAAACUGAGGAAGAACUUGGCUGAGGAGUACCUGCACUACCUCAGUGAGCGAGAUGCCCGUAAGAUACUCAUCGCAGACCUGAACGAGCUGCGGUACCAGCGGGAGGACAUGUCAUUAGCCCAGUCCCCAGGCAUCUGGGGGGAGGACCCUGUGAAGUUAACCCUGGCUCUUAAGAUGACCCGGCAAGACCUGACCCGCACACAGAUGGAACUCAACACCAUGAAGGCCAACUUUGGAGAUGUAGUCCCUAGGAGGGACUUUGAAAUGCAGGAGAAGACCAACAAGGAUCUUCAGGAGCAGCUGGACACCCUGAGAGCCAGCUAUGAGGAGGUUCGCAAGGAGCAUGAGAUCCUGAUGCAGCUGCACAUGAGCACGCUGAAGGAGCGGGACCAGUUCUUCUCUGAGCUACAGGAGAUCCAGCGCACUUCCACGCCGAGGCCUGACUGGACCAAAUGCGAAGAUGUGGUGGCUGGGGGCCCAGAGCGCUGGCAGAUGCUGGCUGAGGGCAAGAACAGCGACCAGCUGGUGGACGUGCUCCUGGAAGAGAUUGGCUCGGGGCUGCUGCGGGAGAAAGAAUUCUUCCCUGGUCUGGGUUAUGAAGAAGCCAUCCCUGCUUUUCUUCGGUUUGAAGGCCUCGUGGAGAACAAGAAGCCAAGCAAGAAGGAUGUAGUCGACCUCCUCAAGGAUGCCUGGAAGGAACGUCUUGCUGAGGAGCAGAAAGAGACAUUCCCAGACUUCUUCUUCAAUUUCCUGGAGCGUCGCUUUGGGCCCAGUGAUGCCAUGGCCUGGGCUUACACUAUUUUUGAAAAUAUCAAGAUCUUCCACUCCAAUGAGGUUAUGAGUCAGUUCUAUGCAGUCUUGAUGGGAAAGCGGAGUGAGAAUGUGUAUGUCACCCAGAAGGAGACAGUAGCCCAGCUGCUGAAGGAGAUGACAAAUGCUGACAGUCAGAAUGAGGGGCUACUAACCAUGGAGCAGUUCAACACUGUCCUCAAGAGUACCUUCCCUCUCAAGACAGAAGAGCAAAUCCAGGAGCUGAUGGAGGCAGGGGGCUGGCAUCCCAGCAGCAGCAAUGCAGACUUGCUCAACUACCGCUCACUGUUUAUGGAGGAUGAGGAGGGCCAGAGUGAGCCUUUUGUGCAAAAGCUCUGGGAACAAUACAUGGAUGAGAAGGAUGAGUACUUACAGCAGCUAAAGCAGGAGCUGGGCACAGAACUCUAUGAGGAGGUGACUCUGCCCAAGCUGCGAGGGGCCCUGAUGACCAUCGACCCCAGCCUAGACAAGCAGACUGUGAACACCUACAUGAGCCAGGCCUUCCAGCUCCCUGAGUCAGAACUGCCAGAGGACGGUGACGAGAAGGAAGAAGGCGUGGUGGAAAUCCUCCAGACUGCCCUGGAGCGGCUUCAAGUGAUUGACAUCAGGCGUGUGGGACCUCGAGAGCCAGAGCCUGCAAACUAGGAGCCUGUGGGCAGCCUGCGUGCUCGUCCUGCUAACCCCUAGCUUUUAGUAUAAAAGCGUUUGUCU